UCAAUCAACCCGUUACAGGUGGUGAAUUUCUUUGCCCAGUUCCAUGCCAGAUGUCAAAGAAGCUGGUUCCUCAAAUAUCGGAGAAUUGAAACCAGACACCACCUGUAAAUCACUGAGCUUCAGCGCCAACACGUGUAAAAUUUAACACAGACAACCUCCUAGCCCUACUCAUUUAUAUUCUUCCGUUGCAACGUCUGCCAGAAAACCUAUUCAGACAAUCCGUUAGACAAAAGAAAAUGAGCCAGGAACAACCCCAAAGGCCCCAACCUGUCAAAGAUCCCAUUAGGUAUGGCGACGUUUUCAACGUCCAUGGAGAUCUUGCUUCCAAAGUUAUUGCACCCGUAGACGCAUCCACCAUGCAGUCAGCUGAAAACACUGUUCUCGGUGAGACCAGAAAAGGUGGACCUGCCUCCGUCAUGCAAUCAGCUGCAAGAGUGAACGUGAGGCAAGGUCUCGUUGACCCGCAUCAGGCCACCGAAGUUGCCGGGGACCCAGGCACCAAAGUUACUGAAGAGAAUGUUGGUGGUGACCGUAUAAUAACUGAAACAAUAGCAGGACAAGUGGUGGCUCAAUAUAUUGAACCAAGGGCGGAGAGGACCACUCCUGGAGGAGCUCUUGAUCCUCGCUCAAUUACAAUCGGUGAGGCUUUAGAGGCAACAGCUCUUUCUUCUGGUGAAAAACCAAUUGACCAGAGUGAUGCAGCUGCUAUACAAGCUGCUGAAGUUAGAGCUACUGGUAUUGCUGAGGUCUUACCUGGCGGAAUUGGCGCUGAAGCUCAGUCUGCAGCUACUCGAAACCCAAGGGCUCCAAGGGAUCAAGACAAAACUAAACUUUCUGAUGUUCUAAUGGAUGCCACAUUGAAAUUGCCAGCAGACAAACCAGUAACCAGAGAAGAUGCUCAUGCGGUGAUUGAAGCAGAGGUUAGAAACAAACCAGAUAUGCAUGCAAACGCAACUCCUGGAGGAGUGGCUGCAUCAAUGGCGGCAGCGGCUAGGGCUAAUCAAGAGUGAUGUGCGGCGUUUAUAGGUAGACAGUAUAUUCGGCGAGGUCAUAGUAUAAACAAGAGUACAUAAUAAUACAAAAUACAGUAAUAUCUAUAAGGUGGAGUAGUGUGCUUGUAAUCCUGGAUGUAGUCCGUCUCUUUUGCAGAAUGAAUGUCUCGUGGCCAAGUCUUUCUCUAUCAAUGGAAAGAGAGCUUGAAUUCCA